AUGGCAGAGCUCACUGGACGCGGUAGUAAACUGUUUACGGAGGAGCGAGCUGGCACCUGCAGACUCCCUGAAACCUGCUGGUGGCCCCCUCAGUGCAUCUCUGACGCUGGAGAUCCUGUAGGUGAAAGUUUCCUGAAGGAAAAGACUCAGAGCUGGAGGCCAUUCUCUGCCGGGGUCCAGAAAGGCAGUGGACAGAUCCAGCUAUGGCAGUUCCUCCUAGAGCUCCUGUCUGACCACUCCAAUGCCAACUGCAUCGCCUGGGAAGGCACCAAUGGAGAAUUCAAGCUGACUGAUCCAGAUGAGGUUGCCAGACGCUGGGGGGAGAGGAAAAGCAAACCAAACAUGAACUAUGACAAGCUGAGCCGAGCCCUGCGCUACUACUACGACAAGAACAUCAUGGCCAAGGUCCAUGGCAAGAGAUAUGCCUAUAAGUUUGACUUCCAUGGCUUGGCACAGGUGUGCCAGUCUGCACCCAGCACUGAACAGUCUCUCUACAAGUUCCAGAGCAAUCUGCCACACUUACCCUUCCCUGGCCUCUCCAAGCUGAACCUCAUGACUUCUGGGGUCUCACCAGCUGGAUUCUCAUACUGGCCUGGCACCCCCUCAGCUCUGUACCCCAGUCACAGCCUGCAGCCUGCCCCUGGUGGAUUUGGCACAAUGUCCACCUCUCACCUUAGCUCCAUGAACAGUGUGGGCAACAUGAGUGUGCAUUACCAUUAACUCCCUGUUUGCCAGAUACUGGUGAGGAUCGGGCCAUCGUCCAAAAUCUUUCAAAAUAAGUGCACAGGUCACCAGUCAGUCAUGUUAAGUCAAUCACUUGUGGAAACCCCAAUAACAGCAGCUAUGUGAAUAUGAUCGAAGUGCAUCUGUCAGAUCUCUGCUUGAGGGCAAGAUGGGUUAGAGGGGGAUGGGUUGAGCUCAUGGAUACAUCACUUUGUAUUAUUUGAUUCAGUAUGUGCUGCCAGGACUCACAGAGAAAGCCUAUGAGAACCUGUUAGAGAAGCAGGACUCACAGGCUUUAUCUAUGAGUAGACAGGAGAAGGACUCACAGGCUCUCUCUAUAAAUAGGCAGGGGAAGCAGGACUAACAGGCUUUCCUUAUGAUGAUGCAGCAGAAGUAGGACUCACAAGCUUUCUCUAUGAAGAGGUAGGACUCACAGGCUUUCUCUAUGAAGAGGUAGGACUCACAGGCUUUCUCUAUGAAGAGGUAGGACUCACAGGCUUUCUUUUUGAGAAGACAGGGGAUGCAGGACUCACAGGCUUUAUGAAGAGGCCGGGGAAGUAGGACUCACAGACAUUCUCUAUGAAGAGGCAGGGGAAGAAGGGCUCAUAGGCUUUCUCUAUAAUGAGGAAGGGGAGCAGGACUCACAGGCUGCAUGAGUAGAUAGGGGAAGCAGGACUCACAGGCUUUCCCUAUAGUGAUGUAGCAGAAGCAGUACUCAAAGGCUCUAUGAAGAGGCAGGGGAAGCAGGACUCACAGGCUUUCUGUAUAAGUAUGUGGGAGAAUCUGUACUCACAGGCCUUCUCUAUUAGCAGGCAGGGGGGAGAAGGACUCACAGGCUUUCUCUGUGAAGAGACACAGAAUCAGGACUCACAGGCUCUCUCUAUAAGGAGGCAGGGUUGCAGGACUCACAGGCUUUCUCUAUAAGGAGGCUGGGUUGCAGGACUC